CGAGGCAGCAUUCUGCUCGACCUCGUCCCUCCUCCAGACGUCGGCUGCUCCCCUUGGACCCUCUCGCUCCCCAGUACAGACGCUCACCUCUCCUCUUGCUGCUCAGUUGAGAUAGGACGCUGUCUCGGCAAAGAUGCGAAACCCUGACCUGAGGAAAGAGGACGCCAAACCUCAGUUUCGAGAUGAAGACUUCGAUUUCGGAUCCAAGAAGAAGCAGAUGCUCGGUAGUCAAGGGCAGAUCAUAGAGCUUGAAGGGCAAGAUGACGCAAAGUCCGAACCUCCCAAGCAGUUCAAGGCACAAAUAGCCGGAACUGAACAGAAGCCGGGAAAAUGGAUGAUGGACAUGCUAUCAACAGAAUACACAGUAUACAAGUUUACGAUCGGUUUCGGAAAGCACAAGUGGGAGAUAAGCAAGCGAUUCUCUGACUUUGACAAGCUAGACAAUAGGCUGAACGACAAAUUUGGACUUCCCCCUGUCGGGUUGCCGCCGAAGAAGUGGUUUGGGUUGGCUGACCCAGAGUUAAUCCUAGAGAGGCACAAGAUUUUGCUGACCUACAUCAAUGAUUGUUUGAAACGCCCUGUUCUCCUGCACAGCAGAGAACUGCAACAGUUUGUCGACAUGCCGCCAGAGGUGGUUGAUAUCGUCACAAAAGGCAAGUAAUCGAGCUCUGGUUGGAACAAGAGUUCAGUUGUGAGGGGUUCAAAAUUCAAAGCGAGUUGUGAGGGACAAAGUGAAUGUGUACAAUGGAU